CAUUCACAUUGAGUACCUGCACACAGUGUGUUUGUCGGCGGCGCGUCAGACAGAACCACGAGUUUCGGAGUGGCUGUAGAAAUAUUUCAGGGCCUCGUGUACGAAUAGACGUUGAUGUUGUAUCGUCGACACAGGACCGUGCGUGUGUCUAUGUUGCUACUUUGUAAUGUGCAGUUACGGAUCAAAAUGGAAACAAUCUGCUCUUAGGCUCCUCCGCAUGUGUAUGAUGUCAAUCUCCUGUCAUGUGAUCAUUGCCUAAGACAGUAACGCCAACCCAAAUGUUUAGUUCGUAACGACGUAACCCCCUCGAGCUGAGCGAGGAGACGAGAGCUUCGUGCGCGCUCCGCAGGUGCAACGGCAGUCUCCAAUGAACGGCGGGCGCUUCGACUUUGACGAUGGGGGCUCUUACUGCGGUGGUUGGGAGGAGGGGAAGGCCCACGGCCAUGGGGUAUGCACCGGGCCCAAGGGCAAGGGCGAGUAUAAUGGGUCGUGGCACUAUGGCUUUGAGGUGACAGGAGUCUACACCUGGCCGAGCGGGAACACAUACGAGGGCCACUGGGAGCACGGCCGACGCCACGGACUGGGGGUGGAGAACAAGGGGCGAUGGGUGUAUCGCGGGGAGUGGACGCAGGGAUACAAAGGAAAAUACGGGGUGAUUCAGAGCCUUGCCAGUGGGGCACGCUACGAGGGUACCUGGAGCAGCGGGCUGCAAGACGGGUAUGGACAAGAGACGUACGCCGAUGGAGGUAAGUUUUACAUUUACUGGUAA